AUGGCUUUUGUUCGUGCUAUUUUUCUGGCUUCUAUUCAUUCUUCACUUGCGAUUCUGGUAGGUGAGUUCUCUCCUUUUAGCUGUGUUCUUGCUGUGUUGUGUAUUGAAAAGUUGUUCUUGCUGUGUUAUGGUAUGGAAUGGUAUGCUGUUGCAAUUCUCUUUGCUGUGUUUUUGGCUGUGUUCUUGUUAUGCAUUCAAUUGUGUGGAGUGUUUCAGUACCAUGGUUCUGAAAAUCGAAUCGGACCGAGUUUAGAGGCUCAGUUGCAGCCACUUCAAAUUUCAGUGCUCUCUCUCUCUCUCUCUCUCUCUCUCUCUCUCUCUCUCUCUCUCUCUCCUCGCCAUCAUUUUCCUUCUUCCCAGCCUCCACCAUUGCCGAAGGCGACAACACCCACUCCAUUCACUGCGUAUCUCAACUCACUCUCUCUUCAUUGCCUGCGCAAUUGCUGCUUCUUCGCCCCUUGCCGUGGGUCAUUGUUGCUCAGCUCCUCGUCAUCACUGCCCCACUCUUCGCCGAGGAUCAUCGCUGAUUUUCAGGAAUGGAAGAGAAGUGGGCAGAUACCAGCAUUUGGGAACUGGGAAUUCACGAAUGAGUUGCCAAUAACUCAGUACUUCGAGUGUGCAAGACAAACUGGCUUGGUUCGGUAUAGUUCCUCUUUCAGAGAGAGUGGUCCCUGCGUUCGUGACCUUUACUCUCUUGAUUUUCACAAACCUCUUUCUACUCUAAAAAAGGGGAAUAGGAACAAGAACAGGAACAGAGAAAGAGAAAGGAGGUGCUCUCAUGGAUUAGUUACUAGCAUUUUUUUUAAGAUGAUGUUGUUGCUAAUUAUGGGAAUUGUUCUUGAUUUUUUUAUUUUUUAUGACUAGUACUUUUGUUAAGUUAAAAACUUGAUUAUUGAUGUUUUGUGGUAGAACAUUAUGUGUUUGUCAUU